GCUGCGUUUCCACAGACGCUGAUAAGCAGAGAGACUGCGCACUGAUCCACACUGCUCUCUCUCUAACACACACACUCACCAGCGGGACAGAUUUACGACAACCGACACUGUUCUUUUGGGAGCAGUAACUGAGAGGAGAGCUAGUGUACUACUGUGACAUCCACCUACUGACGUUAGGGGAUGGCGGUGAACGUUUACUCCACAUCGAUGACGAUCGAGAACCUGAGCAGACAUGAUAUGCUGGCUUGGGUCAACGACUCGCUUCACCUCAACUACACCAAGAUCGAGCAGCUCUGCUCAGGGGCGGCGUACUGUCAGUUCAUGGACAUGCUGUUUCCCGGCUCCAUCCUGCUGAGGAAGGUGAAGUUUCAGGCCAAGCUGGAGCACGAAUACAUCAACAACUUCAAAGUGUUGCAGGCGGCGUUCAAGAGGAUGAGCGUCGACAAGAUCAUUCCGGUGGAGAAGCUCGUGAAAGGGAGGUUUCAGGACAACUUCGAGUUCGUUCAGUGGUUUAAGAAGUUAUUCGACGCCAACUACGACGGGAAGGAGUACGACCCUCAGUUCGCGCGACAGGGACAAGACAUCACACCUCUUCCCAACCCAGGACCCCAGCGGACCUCACCGACGGCCCCGAAGACGAUGCCCGCCCCCCCGCGCGUCAUCAGCACCGCCCCCUCGACCGGGAUCCGGCGCAACAUCCCCAUGACACGAAACGGAGGCGGCGACGCCGAGAUCGUGGAGCUCACCCAGCAGCUGAUGGAUCUGAAGUUGACGGUCAACGGUUUGGAGAAAGAACGAGAUUUUUACUUCAGCAAACUCAGAGACAUUGAGCUGGUGUGUCAAGAGCACGAGAGCGACACGAACCCCGUCCUCGGCAAAGUCCUGGAGGUCCUCUACGCCACAGAGGAUGGUUUUGCGCCUCCAGAAGACGAAGACAUCGACGAUCAGCCACGAGAUCAGGAUGAAUACUGACCAAUCCUCCUCUUCCUCACUACUAUCCCAUCAUUCUCUCUCUCUCUCUUUUCUCUCCCUCUUUUACACUCCAGCAGACACCGGGGCGUGGUGUGAUAGGCUAAUUGACUGAGUAGGGGCGUGUCUAUGCUAAUGAGGUGCAGUGACGCCGAUGUUUUAUUGGCUGUGGGUUUUAAUUGAGAGUCCAAAUGACUCGAGUACUGAACCCGAAACUGAAUGAUGAUGCAGUGACACUUUCACACACACACACACACACACACACACACACUGAUCUUUUGCGGUGCUGAUGUAGCUGACACACACAGCCAAGGUUAUUGAAUAACUGUUUUUUAUUUGGGCUCCAAUCAGCUAAUUUAUUAGAGAGUUUAAUGCGGAUGUUUUAGUUUUUAUUAUAUAUAUAUAUAUAUUAUAAUUUUUUUCCUUAACAUUAGAAGGGUUUUUAGUUGCAAUGAAUUAAGUGGACAGUGUGGAAAUUUGUUUCCGCCAAGGAAUUAAAAAAUAAAUGGGUAAUUGUGA